CCACGGGGGGGUGGGGGGAGAGACGUUGAUCUGACAUCCCAACAACUUGAGCAGAACUGCUCUCUAACUCCGGUUUGCCAAGUUUUGGUAAGACAAGCCGGAGUUGAGCGAGCUCUAAGAAAGUUGCCUUGUGGACACUUUGAUUCAAUGUUAAGAGAGCAGAGAAGAUAAACGCCGCUGCAGCGACCCCGAGUAUUUGUUUUGGGCAUCCCUGGCUGCACUUCAAGUCGCUGAUGCAUGCAUGGGGACGCCGGCCUGAGACCCGCACACUCCCUGCAUGCUCCACGGCGGGCAGAUGAACACCUGUAGCUGGGUAUUAUCCUCCAAACUGGACGCCCUGAUCCAUGUGGAGCUCAUUAUUUCAUCCUGAAGAUCAACACUGCGCGACGCGCGAUGCCAGUUUGGUGAACUUUUUCUGCUCAAAGGGGAUCUGUAGGUAGAAUCCGCUGCUGGAGUCCUGCCUUCUGCUUAACUUGUUGAGAAAGGUAUACAAAUGCUCUCCGUCCAGCCGGACACCAAGCCAAAAGGCUGUGCCGGCUGCAACCGGAAGAUCAAGGACCGCUACCUGCUGAAGGCCCUCGAUAAGUACUGGCACGAGGACUGCCUCAAGUGCGCCUGCUGCGACUGCAGGUUGGGCGAGGUGGGCUCCACGCUCUACACCAAAGCCAACCUCAUCCUAUGCCGGAGAGACUACCUACGGUUGUUUGGUGUAACAGGGAACUGCGCAGCUUGCAGCAAACUAAUUCCAGCCUUCGAGAUGGUCAUGAGGGCCAAGGAGAAUGUCUACCACCUGGACUGCUUCGCAUGCCAGCUCUGCAAUCAGAGGUUUUGUGUGGGAGACAAGUUUUUCCUGAAAAACAACAUGAUCCUGUGCCAGACAGACUAUGAAGAGGGGCUGAUGAAGGAGGGCUACGCUCCCCAGGUCCGCUGACCCACGUAGGCUGACAAGGAGGACGAGAAGGAGGAAGAGGAGGAGUGGGAGAAAGAGACUGAGGGAGAGCUUGUAAUCACAAAAAGCACUAUUGCCUCCUGUCCAGCUCCGUACCCCACAUGUACAUAACUAAGCAAGCCUCCCUGGGAGGGGAAACACUGCUGUACAGAAUAGCCAUAGAGAUGCUGGUGUGGCAGGAAAAGGCCCUGGAAGCCUACAACAAACUACAAGUACGAAAAAAAAAUAGUUUGUCCAUUUCUUUGUUUGUGACUUACGGAUGCUGCCUCUUUCCUCCUGACCAACAACCACCUGCCUCAGAGCAAUUUCUAACCAACAGCAGGUCCUGGUUGUUUAAAGAGAAAAAAAAAUUAACCCACCCAAAAGCAGUCUUGUCUCAUUGUAUCUGAUAGGUACAGACAGCGUCCCACCUGACUGCACAGUCCAGCUCUUCUACUUGAAUCUAAAGUACACUGAGGUAUUGUCAAUCAAUGUAAUUUUAAAAUAAAGACCUUUUUACUGUAUGAUAUAAGAUUACACACAGUGAAUGUAAACUGAAGAGUGGCAAAAAUAAUGUGGAUGACUGAUUUGUUGCGUGUGUGUGUGUGUGUGUGUGUGUGUGUGUGUGUGUGUGUGUGUGUGUGUGUGAGCAUGUGGAUCCCUCUUUAGGUCGAGGACUUCAGUCUCGCAGUCUCACAAGGCUUGGUCUGGUCCAUAUAGUUUAAAAAAAUUAAAAAAUUUACCCAUCGUAAGUCCCAUCCCCUUUUGAUCUGUGCUCCAAUAACCGUUGAACAAGUCUUGGUUGGAACCUCAGUCAACUUCCUCCUUUCCUGUACAUAGAUGCUAUGUGCUAGGUUCGUCUAUGUUAAAAAUCCAACCGCAUUUUGAAGAUGGUUGAAAGAUAAAAGUGACAUAUAAUCACAUCAUUAUGAUCAGGGGCAGAUCUAAAAGGGUGGCAGUUGCCAGGUCCCAGUUUGAGUAAAAUUCUUUAAAUUUAAAAAACAGAAAUUACUUCAAUGAUCUGUUAUGGCCUUAGGCCUACCAUUUUACACUAAGUGAUAUACAGCUUAAGUUUACGUCUACUUUGCACCAAACAGCAGUUAGCAACAAGCUGGUGAAGAAAGCAUUUAGCGGCUCAGAGCUAAAAGGAGAGUGAAUGUUGGACUUCCGUUCAUCACAAAAAAAAAACUGAUCCACCAGAACGCUGCAAAAAUUAGUCCAAAACAGAAAUUAGUUAGCAUUGUAGCACUUCUGGCUCCUUCUCCUCAAAGUCAACGGGUGUUUGGUUAGAUGUCUGAAAUAAGGUCUCCGGUUAACACAAACACAAAAAAGAGAUUUUCACAUUUUGUUCUACGACAUAAAAUAGUACCCCACCUGGGAAUUUUUAAGAUUUUUUCGGUGUCUUAAAAAGGCGGCUAAAUGAGACAGAGGCUGAGACUUAUCGACUGUCUAAUCCACCUUUACAGCCUUGAUGUGUUUAUACUGCCACUCUCGCAAACUAUUCUAACUCAGACUUUGGAGUUUAGUUGUGGUAACGUUGGAGUCAUGUGAAUUUGUUUAUAGCCUAACGUUAGCUUGUUACUUCUGGCAAUGGCAUUAAUGCUUCAAAAAUCAUAAAAGUGGUGUUAUUUUCUGCAACAAUCCAAAAUCCAAUGGAAAAAUCCCCCAGGCUUAUUGUCGAAGGAACCAGGGCGAUGCUAACUUCUGGGUUGGCCCACAUAAAUGAAUCAUCCCUGCAGCACUCUAUGACAUGCUAAUGCUGCUAACUGUUUGCUCAUGAGGUAAUAAUACAGGGUGUCACAUGUCAUGUUUUCAGCUUGUACUACUGCCCCCAAUUGGCCAAAAAAUGAUUAAAUGCAGCUGUAAACGUUAUGGACCAGACAGACAAACUCCUUGGUUUGCGAGACUGUCUUUCAUGAGGUGACAGUUCUUGAAAUGCAUUCCGUCAAAGAUACUUUCAGUAAUGUUUGGGCACCCCAGGUUUGGACUGUGACUCCAGACUCUUCUCUUUUUUGCUGGAGACAGUCUUUCUAUUUAUCAAAACCUUGCUUUCACACUGGUAAAACUGAAAUGUGGGGGGAAUGGCUCGUGAAGACAGGUUGUAGUAGCGGUUGUAGGGGUGCAGGGAUCGGUUGGGGUGGUGGGGUUGAUUACUUUUUGUACACUAUUUAUUUGAUAAACAUUCACCUGUUGUCCAAAAUUUGGCAUUCUUUGAUAUGCUGAUACUUGAACCCUGUCGAUGAUUUCUCAAUCACUGUUGGCUUACGUUAAGGAUGGCUGUGUCAUUUUCAGCAAGGCUUUGGGUUUAGUUAACUGCUCUCUGCAGCAAGUCAGUCACCCUAAGACCUGGUCACCUGGGUCAGUAUGGCUCCCUGCUGCAGAGGAGUUACGUCCUUUUCUGUUGAGAGGAAAACAAACAAUUGAUCCUUAAGCAUUAAAUAUCAGCCUCUGAGCAUGUGCAACAAUGCUCAGCAACAUUCCGUAGCUGGAAAAGAGAAAAACCCUUCUUUAAUUUGUAAAUUGUGGGUGUACAUAAAAUAAAUAUUCAUUUUUGCUUGCUAUUGUACAAUGAUUUCUUUUUAUGUGUCAUCCAGCAUGAGAUGUUUAUUUUUAGGACAACGCUUGUAAAUACUGUAUACUGUAAUUGUAAUAAUUUUAAGCACAAAUGUAAUACAGUUUUAUUGUGUUACCAGUGA